AGCGUUUUAAAAUAAAAUAAAAAGCGUCUGUAAGCUAAAUAAAAUCUAUUUCUUGGUUUUCUCAUGUCCUGUAAAUGAAUCCGCCCGCAAGUCUCCACCCGGAUCACGUGUAGACCAGUCGCCGGGUAUAGCAAAUCGAACGCGCACGUAGCUGUGUUUUGUUGUUUUUCAGCGGCGCACCGCGUUCGGCCUGUCAAAACCGUGUGACUUUUCACUGGGGACGACGAGACAGGAAUAACAGGGAUGCACAUGACUAAAAAGACCAGGAACACGAUGAAACCACCAUCACAGACCCAGUCGUCUCCAGCGAGCAGUUCACUAUUUGAAGGCGUCUACAACAACGCCAGGAUGCUUCAUUUCCUCACGGCAGUCGUGGGCUCCACCUGUGAAGUGAAGGUGAAAAAUGGAGCAGCGUAUGAAGGAAUCUUUAAGACUUUAAGCUCACAGUGCGAGCUGGCUGUUGAUGCUGUUCAUAAACAAAGCGAUGGAGGAGGAGGCGGCGGCGGAGGGGGAGGAGGAGAAAGCCAGUCUUCUCCACCCAAGAUUGAAGACAUAACUGACACCAUGAUCUUCAGCCCCACCGACCUGGUGACCAUGACCUGCCGCGAUGUCGACUUAAGCUUUGCGGUCAGAGACACGUUCACCGACACGUCCAUCAGCUCAUCGCGGGUCAACGGGGAACACCGGGAGAAAGUUCUGCAGAGGUGGGAUGGAAAUGGAAACGGAGAAAACUUCGAGCUGGAGUCAGACAGAUCAAACGGCUGGGACGCCAACGAGAUGUUCAAGUUCAACGAGGAGGCGUACGGCGUCAAGUCCACCUACGACUCCAGCCUCUCCAUGUACACCAUGCCUUUAGAGAAGGGGGCAAACUCUGAGGUUUACCGGCAGCGGGAAGCCCGAGCGGCUCGGUUGGCCAGCGAGAUCGAGAGCAGCCUGCAGUACCGCCGGCGGGUUUCUUUAGAGAACGACGAUGGCAGGAGCGAGGAGGACAAAUACAGCUCCGUGGUCCGAGAGAGGGAGGACAGAGCCAGCCCCGGAUUCACCGCCACCGGCAGGGAAGGUAAAUACAUCCCUCUCCCCCAGCGGGCUCGGGAGAUCGGCCUGUCUGGCAGCAGCGUGAGGACCGGAGCCUCCGGCCGAACCGCCGCACCAACCUCCACCAGACACCCGCCGCCCAGCUCGUCUUCCCCCAAACCGCCGUCUGACAGGAGCAGCCCGCUGUCCGUCAGAACUGCCUAUUCUCCUCACCAAUCACAGAGCAGCCCGCCGGCGGCCAGCAGCCCUCCCUGCGCCAAUCACGUUCUCCCGCACUCCCUCUCCCAUCCUCAGGCGCUGGCUGACACGACGCGCUCUCCUGUUAACGGAGGUACGGAGGCGGUUCAAGUUACAUCCAGAACUUCCCCCAAAUCCCAGAGACUUCAGAGCAACAGGACCCUGCGGACCCCCAACUCCCAGUCCUCACCUGCAGUCUCUCGCGCUCCAAAACCGGACGCCCCUCCCCAGGACCUCCCCCUGGUCGGCCCCACUUUCUUGGACUCCACGGCAAACACCGCCAAACCAUCCGGCCCCACCCCGCUCUUCCCUGUCGAUGUGAAUGAAAUCCUCAUCGCAGCAGCUAAAGAGCGAACUGAAAGUCUGUCCGGUCAGCAGGAAGGCAAGAGCAGCAAAGCUCCCUCGGUCCAGCAGAGAUCCCAGCUGGAGGAACUCCGCAAGUUCGGCAAAGAGUUCAGGGGCUCGGUUGGUGAUGUUCGUCUUCCUGUCUGUCAGCUGCAGCCCAGCUCCUCUCCAUCAGCGAGUCCGGCCUCUGCAGAUCCUCCUCAGCUCACCUCCUCCGCCUCCUCCUCCCCCGCACCACCCAAAACUCUCACCUCCUCUGCCCAAGAUGUGCAGCAGACCACAGAGGCGGCUCCCCCCACCAUGACCCCUGCUGCCUCGACCCCCACAGCUCCUGCUGGACCCCAGUCCUCAGGACCAGAGGGGCCUCCGCCUGGGAUGACCCAGCAGGCCCCCAGCAGCGAGGAGGCCUGUCCAGAGGGCAGUGAACGUACGGAGGCUGCAGCUGGAUCAGCGCAAGUGAAACACUCAACGUUGAAUCCAAAUGCAAAAGAAUUUCUUCCUGUAAAAGGAAACGCAGUCCUGAAGCCUGCGCCGACCCCCACCCCGCCUCGACCGAACCCCCCCAGCCCCUCUGUGGUUCUGCCCGGUCCAGGACAGCCAGGAGGAGGAGCCAUCUACAGCAACCCACCUGGACACUACCUGUCCUACGUCUCACCCAUCCACAUCCAAGGGCACUCAAUCCAGGCGCCUCAGAUGUAUCAGUACACCAUGUCCACUGUCAACCAGGGCAAAUACCCCAGAGCCAAAGGCCCGGUGGUGGGACAGCGUCCAGAGCACCAUCCCUCCCAGAACUCCCCCAUGAUGUCAGCUGCAGCCUCAGCUGCAGGACCCCCUCUGGUGGCUUCACCUUAUCCCCAGUCCUACCUGCAGUACGGUCAGGUGAUCCAGGCCAUGCCCCCACACUACCACGGACAGGCGGUUUACUCAAUGCUGCAGGGGGGUGCGAGGAUGCUGACGUCCGGAGCCCCUCAUCAACAGAUGGGAGCUCCUGGCCCCCAGUACCCCGGCCAGGCUGAGGGCCAGCCGGGGCCACAGCAGGCCAUGUAUGCUCAGUCUUUCUCUCACCACUCGGGCGCCCUCCAUCAUCCUCAGCCCUCCAGCACCCCGACUGGGAAUCAACCCCAGCACACAGCACCCAGUCCGGGACACAAUCAGGUCAACUUUCUCAACUCGUUUCCCUCGCAGUCGAAUCAGGGUGGUCCUCAGCCUCAGUCCAUGUUCCACUCUGGAGGUUUGUCUGCUCCGACCCCUCCUAACCUGCCGCCUGGCCACAGCUCCCCGCAGGCCUCCUACACCAUGCAGGGAUACAGCCUCCCCACCCACCAGCCGCUGCCGCAUGGCUUCCCCUCAAUCAGCCAACUCACACAGGCUCACGUCGCAGGAGGCAUGUCGGGACCUCACCACUCUGCAGGUCAUGGACUGCCGCCGGUCAUGCUGCACUACGUCUCCCCUCAGCAGGGCAGUGGCUCCAACCCCCAGCAGGGAGCACCACAACACUUCUACAUCGGACACCACCAAGCUGUGCAGGUUCAGGCUCACCCCACCCAGCAGCUUUCCUUCCACCCCUCUGCAAACUGAUCCCUCCCCACGUCACCGCUGGAUUCAGGAGCGAGGAAGACGAACCACCACCACCCCCCCCCAAAUCCCAAACCCCAAACAACUCGUAACAUUCCCACCUCCUGACAUCAAACUAACACAACCUUCUUUCUAUCCACAACUUUUAG